AUGGCCGGCUUAACAAUUACCCUCGUGGCGAUCUGCCUUGUGAUCGCGGCUGCUGAGGAUAAGCGCGCCUACACCACUAAAUACGACGACGUUGAUAUCGACGCGGUCAUUGGUAACGAGCGAUUGCUGACCAACUACGUCGGCUGCCUCCUGGAUCUGAAGCCCUGCACGCCAGACGCCGCUGAGCUCAAAGCCAACCUCCCGGACGCCCUAGCAACGAACUGCUCGGGCUGCAGUGAGGCCCAGCGGAGGAUGUCGGAGAAGCUUACGUACUACCUGAUCGACCAUCGGCCCGAGGACUGGGCCCUCCUCGAGCUGAGGUACGACCCGACGGGUGCAUACCGCGAGCGCUACCUCAGCGCCGAGAAUAAGGACAAGGGUGAGGGCAAGGACGUCGACGAUGACAAGACUACUACUACUACUACUACUACUACUACUACUACUACUACUACUACUACUACUACUACUACU